CAACGAUGAGCUUCCAGUUGAAGAGGAACUUUCGUCCGAAGAAUCAUCGCUACAAGACGAUGAUGAGCUGUUACUUGAUGAGGAUGGACUGUAGCUUGACAUAUUUUAUAAAACUUAUUAAAUUAAGUUUAACAAACAUUCGCCGAAGUAUCAAAUGCAAGUGACAACUAAAUAUAUUUAUCGACUAGAAAACAACUUCUCCAAAACAAACAAUGUGUUAGUACUGUGACUGUUAGGGUGUAAUCAAGUGUGAAAUUAUUUUUCAAUGUCUUGUUCCAUUUUGAAAAAAUUAUCUUUAAAAACGUUUCAAGCGGAUCAUCAAGUCUUAGAACAAGACACUAUGUAUAUUUCAACUCCUAUGUAUGAAACGCAAAGUUUCCUCGGGUGUCUUGAAAAUGCUGCCAUGCCUGCAAUGAAGGCUUCCAAAAGCUGGAAACACACCAUUAUUAAUUGGAUAAAGCCAUUGACGUUUCAGCAAAAGCUUGAGUUGCACAAAUCUAUUUAUCCUAUGAUGAAAUGGUUAAAUACAAUGGAUCAAAUUAUUUCGUCUCUCGGAUCAGAAUUGAUCCGAGUUGAUAAAACUACCGCACGGGCCAGACUAAUAUGUUUGCGCCAUUUCAUGCAGAAAAUCAAAACUAAACAGCACGAAAAAGAUUGGAUUGUUAAAACAUCCAAAAUAGUUAUUAAAAAGUUGGAUUAUCUAGAUUCAAUAAUUAUGGUUCAUAAAUGGGCCACUGACAUUCAAAUUAAGUGGAUUCAAAUUUGUGCAGUGGCAAUGAAUCUCGAAAAGAUACUUUUAAAAAUUUUGACGGAUAAUGAAAACUGUUGAAUGAAGUUUCAGCCGAUCAUUCGAAAACAGCGGCUGUUUCUAUUGUGGUGGUGGUUUGAUCAGUUUUUAUAUUUUUCCCAAUUUGUGCCUUCAAAUCCUUCAAUUUAAAAUUAUUAUCUCAACAAAUUAUUAAAAUUACUUUAUACGUGUUAUUUAAAAUUUUCUGUCAAUUACCAAAAUUUUGUAGCUGAACUAACGGUAAUAUGAUUAUUUUUCAUCAUUUGAUACGUAAUGCUAACAAGUUCUGAAUUUUUUAUUUAUAUAUUUCUAUAAUUAAUA